UUAUCGUGUCUCGCUUUUUAAUAUAAAUAAAUGGUUUCACUUUAAUAUCUUCAGUUUGUAUCCUUAGCAAGUACAACCACUGUAUUCAAAAUAUGUUUAAAUUGGUAAUCUUUAUUGCGCUCGUCGCCUCAGCUCUGGCUGUCCCAGCUCCUGAACCACAACCAGCCCCCAAACCUGCUGUAAUCGCUACCUCAUACACUGCACCACUUGUCUCAUCUGUUCCAUUGGCUUACAAUGCUCCUCUGGCUUACAACUACAGAUACUAUGGAUACAACGCUCCUUCCAUCUAUGCUUCUGGAUACGCUCCAUACGCUUCGUACAUUGUUUAAAUAAAAUAACAUAUGUAUAAAAAAUAAAAUGAUUUUGAACUGAUAUACUUAUUCUUUCUUUAUUAAUUUU